CCGUACCGUUGUCGUAUACAGACGACAGAAAAACGUGCUUCCUGGUCCCCGUUGUCGUAUACAGACGACAGGAAAAUGUGACGUCUCAUCCCCGUUGUCGUAUACACACGACAAGGGAUGUUAUGUUAUCUAAUUUAUGAUUAGCUGGCUGUAGCAGACGACAGAUGAAUUAUCCAAUAAAUUUACACAAAAAAAUGAAUCCCUCGGUUCAUAACAAAGAUUUUGAUAGGCGAAAAGUACACAAUUUUCGUCAUGUGACCCAAUUUGUUCGAAUUUCCCGGGAAAUGUUAUGGAAUGUCAUCACCAAUGUAAACAACAUGGCGGCGAGUGCAUUGACUGUGAAUGCUGAUACUGAAUCAGACGAUGAAGAAGGGGCUGGGACCCAAGAAUUAGACAACAAUAUCGGUGGAUCCGAUCUGGAAUUGUCUGAGCUGGACUCUGAGAGUGAUGAUGACAUUCCACUCGCCGAUAUCAUCCCGCUAGCGGGCCUCGUAGACCGCGGAGGUGGAGAUGCUGGACACGCCCACAACGAUCGCCGCUGGACAGCUGAUCUGAAACCUAUACGUGUGAAGGAUUUCGAGGAUAUAGCUGGCCCUACUACCGCACUGGAUGCUGAGAAGAAAGAGCUGGAUUUCUUUCACCUGAUUUUCCCUGAAUCCUUGUACGACAAGCUAGCCCAGCAGACCAACACCUAUGCUGCUAAGCGGAUCCGGGAAAAGGCAGACAGCUCGUGGCAGGCAACUUCGCCCACCGAGAUCAAGACCUUCUUGGGGAUUGUGAUUUUUAUGUCACUGCUGGACCUGCCAACUGCAAAGAUGUACUGGUCAUCUGAUUGGAUGUUUCAAACAUCUUUGCCUACCAUAAUGACCAGACUCAGAUUUGAGAAACUCGCACAGUAUUUUCAUCUGAAUGACUCCACGACAAAUCCCCCCAAAGGCAGCGACGGUCACGACAAGCUCCAUCAUGUCAGGCCAGUCUUAGAUACCAUCCAAGGCACUAUAGCAUCCCAGUACACGUUACACCAGGACUGUGCUAUAGAUGAGGCUAUGAUUGCAUACAAGGGGAGGCUUAGUUUUAAGCAGUAUAUGCCAGCCAAGCCGGUUAAGUUUGGGAUCAAGGUGUGGGAGCGGGCGGAUUCCACCAAUGGCUAUGUCAACAAACUCCAGAUUUACACCGGAAGAGCAGGAAAUGAACAAGGCAAGAGAGAAGUUGGACUUGCUGCUCGAGUUGUGACCGACCUGACCAGAGACAUUGUUGGUAGCAGUCGCCACGUAUAUGUUGACAAUUUCUUCUCCAGUCCCCAGCUGUUUUCUGACUUGCUAAAGGAUGGUCUCUAUGCAUGUGGAACAUGUCGAAUCAAUAGAAAGGGGUUCCCGUCUGGUAUCAGUAAGGAGAAUGUUAAAAAAAAGGGAGACUUCACAAUGCUGCAAUCAGGAAACCUGGUGGCCAGUGUCUGGUUUGACAACAAGCCAGUGACAUUUCUGUCGACAAAUGCAGACCCUACUACACUACAUGAGGUGCGUCGCAAAAAUAAAGAUGGUAGUGAGAGAGUUCAACUGGCCCCUUCUGUUGUGAAAAUGUACGGCGACAAUAUGAAUGCUGUGGAUAGAGCUGAUCAACUCCGUAUGCAGUACACCUGUGCCAGAAAGUGCUACAAAUGGUGGAAGUAUGUUUUCUUCUUCUUGCUUGAUACAGCCCUUGUGAAUUCUUUCAUUCUUAUGAAGGAGUCUCCAAGUCACCAGAGGAAAACCAGAACUGGCAGAGUGAAGCAUCUUACCCAGCUGGAAUUCAGAGAAAGGCUAUGUAAACAGUUAAUUGGUGAUACACGUUCUGUCAGAAAACGACGACGUGUGAUACAGCAUGAUGUGGCAGGUCUUUCCUAUUCUCAUAUGCCAGUUAAGGUAAAGGUGAACAGGUGUCGCCAGUGUGGAAAGGUGAAAAUCAGGAAGGAAUCGAGUUUUGGAUGCCGACAAUGUGGGGUAAACCUGUGCGUUUUGUGCUUUGAACCAUUUCACAAGGAUUUAGUCCCUGUCACACAGGAAGAGUAGACACCAAGACCUGUACUUACAUAUAUAUCAUAUAUAAUUGAGAUUGUUUGUAAAUUUAUUUUGAAAUGUU